AUGAGCCAUGAGAGUUGCCAGUGUUCGGGCAAAAACAUUGGAAUGAGGGGUGAGACACGGUGCACAUCUUGCGCCAAAAGACAUCGUUCCUCAAGUGAUAGCACCGGACCAAGAUGUGACAAUAGGAAAUCUAGAUCCAACGACAGGAAUAACGUACCACGACUGAGUGUUGACACUGGUGGUUCUCGCACAAAAGAAAUCCAUUUCGAAGAUGUAUCGUAUUUGCUUACAGAAACAAAUCUGCCUCGUUUCAUAAUUGGGGAAUUGGCUCUCUUCGGAGUAAUCACGAUGUUCCUUGUGUUUCUCGACAAGGAAUUUGCUGUGUUCUCUGCCGUGGUAGGGUUGGCGCUUCCUGUGAUUACGCUCAUAGGAAACAUCCCGACACGGGAGGAGUUGUCGACAAUGGCGAAGCUACAUCUUCUGAAAGAGAUCACUGCUCGGCGGCCGAGCACUAAUGUCGCCAAGUGGAAUGCCAUUGCAAACGCUAUGAAUAUUUAUCUAUUCGAAAACAAGCAGUUUCGUCUCCCGUCCUACUACUUGAGCGGAGAAGCGUGUCAUGAACAUUUCAAGAAGAUGUUUUUGACGGAACAAGUAGACACGCCGGAUAGUGAUCUGCCACAUUGCAACCAUCGCGGACAAGAACAAUUUUCUUCUCCCAGACAGUUCUUUGGUACUCAGGAAAAGUACCAAUGGAAGAAAGAUUCCCGUCAUAACUAUUUUGACGAAAAAUAUGAGUUCAAAAUUCGUCACCAAUUCGAAGACGUUUUUCUAAGGCGGUCAGAGUCUUCCCAAAAUCCUCAAAGACGUGAUAUCCCAUCAAAACGUGACCCUCACAGGGAAAUUAGGCCCAUUAUAGACGAAGCAGUCAUGACUUAUCAAGAAAGCAUAUACGAAGAUUGGAAACAGCAAGUUGAGGAAGCAAAGUCAAAGCUGCAGAAUUAA